CGGGAGGCCUCCUUGGCAGUGACACGUGCACAAGCUCUGGGUAACCAUAGCCACUCCAGCGUGUUCAGCAGGGCACGACGGCCACAGACUGACGGCGGCGGAGAUGGAGCAGAGGCUGCUGCGAUCUGUCUGUACGAUUACAGAGACGGCCCGAUGGCUGCUGCUGCUGCUUGUCCUGCUGCUGAUCAUGCAGUCGGCCUGCCCCGGCCAGGUAUCUGCCAUUCAGCCGCCACCUGGGUCGGUGAAGAUCAACGACUUCAGCUACGCAGGCAGCGGGUGUCCUCCUGGGAGUGUCGAACUCGUCAUGUCCGACGAUGGGAAUGCGAUGACGCUGAAGUUCACCAAGCACCGUGCUACGACGUACGAGAGCGCGGCCCAUCGGAAAAGGACGUGCACAGCGUCCGUAGGCCUCAGUUACCCUCCGGAAUUCGCCGUAGGGGUGGGGUCGGUCAGUGUCAAAGGGUCCGCAAGGCUCGAUGGAGGCGUGUCUGGGUCGAUUAAGGCGUCAUAUUACUUCUCCGGGCAGGGAGGGACAGCUAGCAGCACGCAGGUUAUGAAGGGACCCUCCGAGGAGAGCUUCGAAUACUCCGACAGCUUCGGACCUGUGUACAGCAAGUGCGGCACGGAGCCGAAGCUGUCCAUCGUCACGGAAAUCAAGGUGAAACCCGGCAGGGCGACCAAGGGAGGGGGAUUUAUUCGACUUGAGUCUACGCCCCAGAACUUGGAUCUCAUCUGGAUGCGAUGCUAAGAAGCACAGCUCCUACCGUGUUCCCUCGAAUAGAACGCAUGGGUCAUUAUCGCUGUGUUCGCGGCAAUAUCCGGUGUACACACAGCGAUAGCUACCGUACGCUCUAUUCGGGCGAAGAAGGCAGGAAGGCAGCCAACACUACUUGCAACGUAAGGCUUAGCGCGUUAGAGACGGGUGGGAGGUCAGCGGAAAAGGGGAGGUUGAGAGUCUGUCUGCUGAAUGUAAUAUAGAGAGGCAAAUUAUAUUUUCUGUAAUUAGAAGUGGGCAGAGAUUGUGUUCACGUUCGUGAUGUGUGCGGAGGUUGUCUACCGUUGUCACGGAUUAUGCACAGGAUUUGUUUCAGCCGUCGGACAAGCUAUAACGGUAGCUUCGGUUCUGCUGCCAUGGACCUAGUAGAAGGUUAACGGUGAUAGCGGAAACUCUCUGUGAUGAAUCUGGUGACCCCAUUUGCUCUUGCUUUUGGUGUCUAUGUAUUAAUAUUAUUAUGUAAUAUAAGACGAUGGCAGGGACUGUGUUCGGGUUCGUGAUGUGUACUGAGGUUGUCCCAGAGUAUACACAGGGGAUUUGUUUCAGGAGUCGGACGAGCUAGCGGUAGCGUGAUAGUGGAAAUUCUGUGCUAAAUCUGGUGAUCCCAUUCGUUUUUUGGUUGUAGUGUGUGUGUGUGUGUGUGUGUGUGUGUGUGUGUGUGUGUGUGUGUGUGUGUGUGUGCGUGUGUGUGUGUAUGUGUUGGGAAAGUUUCUCGACCUGGUGGUCGACGUUGUGUAUCAUGCGCUUGUGUUUGUCGGGGAUGAACUCAGUUGAAGUAAUCGUAGAGGACUAAGAGGAGGAAGUAAUCUGCCGCAGUGUGCGUGCUUGUUGUUGAGCCGGAUGCACUCAGCUCAGUUAAGUAGUGGUAGGAGAGUAGGAAGUAAUCUCCGCAGUGUGCGUCCGUGUCCCAUGGGAUUGUGAAGGACCAUGUUCGAGUGAGCUCGACUGCAGAUCGGCAGACUCAGUGUGAAAGCGUCUUUUUUCAUCUGGCUGCGCUGUACUCGUUGCUUUCCUGUAACGUACUUAUGAUACUGAUCGUGCACAACGCGA